AUGGCGGCCGGCUCGCUUUGCAUCGGAUGCGAAGACGAGCGGACCGACGACCUGUCGUCGUGCCCGCACCCUUCACGUUUGGGUUGCGGCGGUUGCGUCGUGAUGCUCGGCACCGCAUCUACGGUCGUCUUGGCCGACGUUUCAGCGGACCGACGACCUGUCGUCGUCGUGCCCGCACCGUUGACGUUUGGGUUGCGGCGCCGAGGGCGGCCGAGCAUCGGCCGAGGGGGAAGGCUCGAGGAUGGGAGUCAAGUGCUGACACCAUCUCGAGGCGGCGUCGGGGGCUGGGCGGACGACGGUGGGAACCCUCAGUCGUCGUCGCUUUCCGGCACCUGCCCCCAAGCUGCCCCCAAGCUGCCCCCAAGCUGCCCCCAAGCUGCCUCCAAGCUGCCGGUCAAGCUGCCGGUCAAGCUGCCGGUCAAGCUGCCGGUCAAGCUGCCGGUCAAGCUGCCGGUCAAGCUGCCGGUCAAGCUGCCGGUCAAGCUGCCGGUCAAGCUGCCGGUCAAGCUGCCGGUCAAGCUGCCCCCAAGCUGCUGGUCAAGCUGCCGAUGA